GCUGGGCUCCUAAAUCCUACGCGUUCUCCGCUCGGGAAAAGCCAAUGAGCUGGAGAUCAAGGCAGCAUAUGAAUCACGCGACUACGCAGUUCAAGAGGAUGAUCCUCCUCGGGAAAGAUAGCCUCUACGUUGGGUUGAUUUGAUCAGAUGCUCGAAGAAUAUCGUAUGUUCAGAUGAGGGGUACUUAACCGGGACACAUUGUGGGGCUGCGGAGCUCUGAAUGCUGUCGUUGCUGAAGCUAUAAAUUGUGGUCAUCGCCGUACCCGUCGGAUCUUUUUCUGUAGUAGAUUCAACUCCAGGAUGCAGAUCAUACUGGCAUUAGCAGCUCUCCUCGGUGUCGCAGCUGCUGCGCCGGGACACGACAAGUCGCACGGCGGAAGCGCAUGGAUCGCGUCCUCGACGACGUCCAACGUCAACGACCUCGAAAUGACUCUCCUAUAUCAGAAUGAGUUGGACGAAAGGUUUCCAAACAUGCGCUUGAGCACCAAUGGACUAACUCUGCGCAGUCUUCACUCAAGCCGAGCACAAAUCCGUCCUCCUCCUCACUCCUCGGACGGCUUCCGGAGGUGCAGCAGCCUGCUCCCAACUCAACGAGGCCCUACUCCCGGUGAACACGACUUUCUUCAGUACCGACCUUCCGCCCCUUCUCGAGUACCGGGCUUACCAAGGCAACUAUCCCAAGAACCAGCAAUACUGGAUCGCGUCCGAUGGAUCUACAUGUCAGGCUGUCGACGCAACGGCCAAGGUCUGCACAGCAAACUGCAACCAGAGACUUCCAGUCCUAUGUUCACAGAGUGCACCAUUCGUCUACCCACCCGGCCCCUCCAACUCCUCCAAAUGGGAGAUCGCGGUUCAAUCUGAGGACUUGACCGUCACGGGUUUCCGUGAUCAGCUAUCCUUCCGCUUCCUUGGAAUCCCGUACGCGAACCCGGCACAGCGAUGGGCGUAUCCAGAGCCCAUAUCGGAUCUUCGUCUAUUAACGCUACCAACUAUGGAGCAACCUGUGUUCAGACCGGUUCAGGCGAUAUGAGCGAAGACUGCCUCUUUCUCAACAUCUUCACACCAUACAUCCCCGCCUCCAACUAUCCCAGCGAGAAGUUGAAACCAG